AUCGUCUCGGCGGCAGCAGCGGCAGCGGCCUCCGUGGGGGCGCAGGCGCGCGUGCGAGAUGCCCCGCGACGAGAUGGCGGCUUCGCUGAUCCAGCGGGUGGCGCGACAGGCGCGGGCGACCUUCGGGGCGGGCUCUUCGGGGGAGGCCUCGGGGGAGCUUCAGCGCCUGCGGGAGCUGCUGGGCCAAGUCAGCGCCGAGGACCUGGGCCUGCAGCCGCGGGGCCCUUCGCUCGGGCCGGGAGCCAGCCAGCCGCCCGUCAGCUACAUGCACAUCUGCGAGACGGCGCGCUUCAGCAUGGGCGUCUUCGUGCUCCGCGCCGGCGCCUGCAUCCCUCUGCACGACCACCCGGGCAUGCAGGGGCUGCUGAAGGUCCUCUACGGCACCCUCCGCAUCGCCUGCUUCGACGAGCAGCCCGAGGAGCCCCAGGACGGCCCCGACGCCGCCGCUUCCUCCGACGCCGACGCCUCCGGGGCCGCUUCCUGCCCCGGCCGCCCUCGCCGCCUGCGCGCCCUGCUCCGCUCGCACCGCCUCUACACGGCCUCCGCGCCGCCCUGCCUGCUCUCCCCGCAGCGGGACAACCUGCACCAGAUCGCGGCCGAGGGUGCCGGGCCCGCCGCCUUCCUCGACAUCCUGGCGCCGCCCUACGACCCGGCCCGCGGACGCGACUGCCACUACUACCGGCUGGCCGACGGGCAGAGCCUCCCGCCCGCAACCGCCCCUCCGUGCGCUCUCUGGCUGCUGGAGACCCCGCAGGCACCCGACUUCUGGUGCGGCGGAGAGCCUUACCCGGGCCCCCGAGUCUACCUCUGAGCCAGGAUGGGACGGACGGCCUCCUUGGCUCACUUCGACGGCGGGGCUACCGAGGGGGACGAUGCCCGCCUGGACUUUCUGCUGGGUUUCAACGCCGGGUCUUGUCUGGACUUUCAAGGCCCCCUCCUCCUUCGGGGGUGUAAAACAGCGUUUCUGAGAUCAUGGAUUGACUCCCCCCUUUUAUUUUUUUAAACUCCCGUCGAAUUAUUUUGCACAAAGUUUUAUUAAAAGAAGAGAAAAGAGCCUU